GAGAAGAUGACGCCAUGGGAACAAAAACAGUUGUCGGACGUCUUUACUGGACCAGACAGACACAGGAGGGAUCAUGAAAGCCACCGUUGUCCUUGUAUUGUUUGGAUUGGGCCUGGUGUCGCCUGCCUGUCAGCCAGGAUGGACUCAGUUCAAGGAAGACUGUUUAUUAAUCAGUAACCAUCAACGAAUAUGGCUGGAUGCUGAGUCUGACUGCCGUCACCACGGGGGCUGGUUGAUGUCAGAUGACAACGAGCCUAAGCACGAUUUCCUCGCAACCCUACUCUACCCGUUCAAAAAUUUCCACAUGACCCAUUACUUCAUCGGCGGUUCCGACACAGCUUUUGAGAAUCAAUGGCGAUGGUUAGAAACUGGAGUUAAUGCGGGUCCAUUCACAAAAUGGGGUACGGGGGAACCGGACGGAAACAACUCUAAAAACUGUUUGGGUCUAAAAUGGGAGGACGACCGUAGCCUGGUGUGGUCGGACGAGUCGUGCGGACAUGCUGCGUCUCAUCACCACCACGCUCAUGGUCAAAUGUACUACAUCUGUGAAAAACCCGUCAACAAUUCCGGUUCAAUGGCGAUUGGUCGUCGUUGAUUUCACGUGAUGGAAACUGUAUUGUAAUGCAAUUGUAAUAGGUUACCAAAAAUAAUAUAUUUCAAGUAA